GAGAGAGCUCCCUGCGCACCAGGCUCGGGGCGCUUCUCUUUGCAGAAGCCGCGGGCGCCGACCCUUCGGCAUGUGCGAGAUGCGGCUGGGGCGUGAGCGCGCAGGCCGGGCGCAGCUGCUCGGGUGACAGCUCCCGGCAGCCGCCUCCAGGGAUCUGCUCGGUCCUUCGGCGGAGCCGGUGCAGCGCAGCCGGCAGCAUGUGGAACGCGACGCCCAGCGAGGAGCCCGGGUCCAACCUCACGCUGGCCGACCCGGGCUGGGACGGCCCCGCAGGCAACGACUCCCUGGCCGAGGAGCUGCUGCUGCUGCCGCUGUUCCCCGCUCCGCUGCUGGCGGGCGUCACGGCCACCUGCGUGGCCCUCUUCGCGCUGGGCGUCGCGGGCAACCUGCUCACCAUGCUGGUGGUGUCGCGCUUCCGCGAGCUGCGCACGACCACCAACCUCUACCUGGCGAGCAUGGCCUUCUCCGACCUGCUCAUCUUCCUCUGCAUGCCCCUGGACCUCGUCCGCCUCUGGCAGCACCGUCCCUGGAACUUGGGCGACCUGCUCUGCAAACUCUUCCAGUUCGUCAGCGAGAGCUGCACCUACGCCACGGUGCUCACCAUCACCGCGCUGAGCGUGGAGCGCUACUUCGCCGUCUGCUUCCCGCUGCGCGCCAAGGUGGUGGUCACCAGGGGCCGGGUGAAGCUGGUCAUCCUGGUCAUCUGGGCCGUGGCCUUCUGCAGCGCCGGGCCCAUCUUCGUGCUCGUCGGGGUGGAGCACGAGAACGGCACCGACCCCCGGGACACCAGCGAGUGCCGCCCCACGGAGUUCGCGGUGCGCUCGGGGCUGCUCACCGUCAUGGUGUGGGUGUCCAGCGUCUUCUUCUUCCUGCCCGUCUUCUGCCUCACCGUCCUCUACAGCCUCAUCGGCAGGAAGCUGUGGCGGAGGAGGCGCGGCGAGGCGGCGGUGGGCGCCUCGCUGCGGGACCAGAACCACAAGCAAACCGUGAAAAUGCUGGCGAUAGUGGUGUUCGCUUUCAUCCUCUGCUGGCUACCCUUCCACGUAGGAAGAUACUUAUUUUCCAAAUCUUUUGAGCCCGGCUCCCUGGAAAUCGCUCAGAUCAGCCAGUACUGCAAUCUCGUGUCAUUUGUCCUCUUCUACCUCAGUGCUGCCAUCAACCCCAUUCUGUACAACAUCAUGUCCAAGAAGUACCGGGUGGCGGUCUUCAAACUUCUGGGAGUCGCGUCCUUCUCCCAGAGAAAGCUCUCCACUCUGAAAGAUGAAAGCUCUCGGGGCUGGACAAAGUCUAGCAUCAAUACAUGACCAGAUGUGUUACUGAGCUCUUCAUCACUUACUAUUCUACAUGGAAGCCAUAGGACAGCAGGACUUGGGAAGCAGCUGAAGGUCAAUAUUGGAAUUAGGGACACAUUGACUAGAAGCAACUGGAGGACAGGAAAGACAGAACCUGUAGGGCAUGAGAAGUUUGAUUCGACUGCAUCCCGUCAUUGCCCUCACACACUCUUCCUGCAUUCCCACUGCCUGUGAUUUCACCUUCUGCUGCUGGUGCUGGGGAAGACUCUGAAAACGGAAAACGCAGGAGCUGCUCAAGAGAGGACGAAUAAGGCCCUGCUGGGUGGGGAAAUACUAAAUCUGAUUUGCUAUUCCACACUGAUCAAAAUUAUCUAACUAAAAGAGUAAUAUUAAAAUAAAAUUCAAAACACGACUUUUAAAAACUAAAAAUUUUUACAAAGCUCUAGAGUAGUACGGGCUAAGACAGACAAGAUACAAUGCACAUAAGUGAUCGGUAUAAAUCGAUUAACAAAAACGUAACAUUUUCCUUCACAGGAAGUUUUUGAACACUCAAGCUGGCCAUUAAGUUUCAUCAGUAAUACUUAAUGUAUUUAGAGUUCACAAAAUGUACAGGCAAAAGAGUAGGCUCAACAACUUCUUAAGAGUAGACUCAACAACUCGUUUAAGUUAAAAAUUCUCUAAUAGUUAAAAUGGAUUUUUGAAUUAAAAUCAGUUCAAUUAAAAAUUAAUUUCCUCAAUUGUAUUAAUCACAUUUCAAGUAUUCGACAGCCAGAUGUGGCUAACGGUGAGUGAACAGAGCAGCCCUAGAGGAUAUACGUAAUUAUUAAUAAUCUUAUGUGCUGUGUUUGGAAAUAAAUACCCUAUGUCUGAAUUUGUUUUUUAGUGAAUUAGCAUAGCAAAAUUUUAGAAUAAUGAGCUCUAAGAAUCACAUUCAAAUGAGCUAUUGGUCAUGCUUUGAAUGUAACAAUAGAACAUACAAGAUUCAUUUAAAGAUAUCUAGUUACAUAUUAAGCAUUCAGGAAAUGAUAUUUUGUAAAAAUCAUAGACAAUCUCACACCAUCUUACUUGGCUUAACAAAAGCACGUAAGCCAACUAUAAGGCUUUGGUUUUUGAAUAAAAGAAUAAUUAUGACUUAAGUUUACAGGACAGUUAAUGAAAAUAGAAAUAUUUUAAAUGGUUAAGGCAGACCCAUGUGAAAAACUCAGAAUCAUAUAAAUGCUACUGCUUAUUGUCAUUCAAAAUGCUUUAAAAUCUUGUAGUCAUUUAUUUUAGAAUGUCUAUGCUGUGUCUUGUCUGCAAACCAGUGUUUCUGUUCACAUUCUACUGCUUACCUGAUAGGUAUGUGUACUUGUGUACUCAGUCCCCCUUAGUACUACAUGUGAUGAGUAGAUACCUUCAACUGAAUACUGUAUGUUCGUUUAGGAAGAGAAAACUUUCAUUUACAUUGACAUUUCUCCUUCUGUAGCCAGUUCUUUGCAUUUAAAUGUAUUGUUCUAAAGUUGAUUUCUUGCCUGGUGUGGUGGCACUCUCCUGUGAUCGCAGCACUUGGGAGGCUCAGGUAGGAGGAUCCUUGCAGGUUCGAGACCAGCCUGCACUACAAAGUGAGCCCAAGUCUUGUGAGACCUUGUCUCAAAAAGACAAAAUAAUAAUAAUAAUAAUCAAGAUGAUUUCUUUAUAAUCCUGUGCAGUACUGUACUAAGUCAUAUAAGCAAACUCUACAUAAAUUCAUUGGUUUAACUAUGGAAUUAAUUAGGCCACUUAGGGAAA